CAGUGUCACCCGGCCGACACUGUCACUGUCAGUAAAAAAAAAUGUUUUUAUUGGUAAAAAUGUCACCUUUAUUACUUUAUUUCCGAUAAAAAAUAUAAGAAUCAUUUAAUCAACAAUUAAUUAAACAUGUAAUAAUGCACAUUCCACAAUGGAAAAACCAAAUAUUAAGGCCGACAGUGUCACGUAAAUUGAUUUAGGAUAAUUAAGGGCUAAGCGAUGGACCCUAUAGGGUCAAUGUUUGGCUUUGGCUGGUCCAAGCCUCUUAACACAUUUUCAAAAAUGUGGUAUCAGGUUUUUUUAUGGGCCUUGUUUUCAUCGGUGGUGGUGCAUACAGUUGCAGCCCUGAUAGCAUUCCUAACCCUAAGAAAACACAAGUAUGGCAAAUACUUCCCUUUGGCAAUACUUAUAAUGGGUGUGCUAACUCCGGCUUUAACCGGCAUAGUUAGCAGCGCGGCUAUUGCUUAUGUCUACCGGGCGUCCAGCUACCCCAUGAAUCCUUUGCACGCCCUCUUCUGGGGCUGUGGACAAACAUUCAUUAUGGGUUGUAUGGGAUUCACCAGGAUAUUGGCCACUUUAUAAUGUGACGGAGAUAAUAAUGUUGUCAGGCGUCUUGCCUAUAGGUUAAGUAGCAAAUUUGUGAAACUGUUUCUGGAUUAACAACGAAUAAUAUGCAAUAAAUAAAAAUCCAGUGAACGGUUUCUUAAUGGUUGUUGGAAAGUUGCUUUUAUGUUAUUAUUAUUAUUAUUAUUAUUAUUUGUCCUCUUAUGUCUGUGAUAGAAAACAAUUAGUUUGAACGUCCUGAGAAUUACAGGACAGGACUUUUAUAUGCCAGGGCAUGAAGUUAAAAAAUUUGCUACUGAAGGAAGUACUUAUUAUAUAAUUAUAUUAAACAAUCACUUAUGCCAAAUAUGUUUUCUGCUACCAUAUCAAUAUCAAAAACUGUGUACUGUUUUUUUUUAAUUAUAGAUUUUUAUAUAAAUAGGUAGCGCUCUUAAAUAAAACUAAUAACUGGGCUAUUUAGGUAUUUUUAUAAAUGUGAUGGUGCUAAGGAGCAUAAAAUAAUAUAGUUUAUAGCAAACCAACUAUAUUAUAUAUCUAGAUAAUUUCCUAUUUAUUUGUAUAAUUAUGUAAUUUUUGUAUAAAAAAAAAUACUAAACACUAUUUGUAGCAUAGAGCCGAGCAGGAGUGUAAAUAGGCACUGUACAAAUGCUAGUUUUGUAAGUUCAGGGUUGUGGAUGUCGUUUUGCCUAAGUCAAUAAUAGUUGAGAGAAUGCGUCCUUAAUAUUGUAAUAAAAUAUGGUUCUUUUAUAUAUCA